AGCAGUGGGGAGAUUCUUGAUGAGAAAUUGGAAAAGCGAGCACUGCAAAAAGGGUUGCUGCUGGAGUUCAAGAAAGAUUCUGAAAGGUUGCUGCUUGCAGUUGCUCAGAAACCCGAUGGCAAGAAGAACUGGAUGGUCUUCGAUCAGGUCCUAAUAGAAACAACUAAUGCGGCAUGUUGAAUAGGUUUUACAUGAUGCAGAAUGGUGUCACAACAUCCAUUAAACCGCAACAAAUAACCUAUAUUGUCCCCGGUGUUGAAAAUUUUGACCACACUGAGAUAUCAGACUUUAUUCAAAAAGCUCAUAACAACUUGGAUCCCACACUGCUUGAAUUUGCUUGGGUUGAGCUCCUUGAAAAGAAUAAGUUAGUGACAGUUGAGGAAUUAGCUGAGAUGAUUUUUGGUAGUGCGGAGCCACUAGAAAGCUAUUGUGCCCACCUCUUGCUAUCCAAAGAUGAAAUUUACUUUGCAGUACUAGAGACGAAAGGUCCUUGUUCCCUCUAUAGGCCUCGACCUACUGUUCAGGUAGAAGAACUCCUACGUAGGAAGGCUGUUAAGGAGGUUGCUGACAAGGAAUUUCAGGAGUUUGUAGAGUUGCUAAAAUCUGCAAAGGCAACGCCUCUAGAUGCUAAACCGCCUAAAUCUUCUUGGAAGGUUGAAGAGAAAAGUUGGCUCAAAAUUGAGUCUAUUGAAGCUUAUGCCGUUGAUGCUUGCAGGAAUGAUGACCAAAAGAAAACAGCGGGAGCGAUUCUGAAGGCCAUGGGACUGCCAAAAACAGCAUCUUCUGCAGUAAAUCUUCUCAUAGAUAUUGGAUAUUUCCCAGUACACGUCAACCUUGAUCUGUUGAAGUUCAACAUUCGUACUGAUUAUCCAGACGAGAUUUUAUCGGCUGCUGAACAUCUUGUGUCAGAGUCAUCAGACCCAGAUGAGGUUGAUAGAAUAGAUUUGACUCACCUGAAGGUUUAUGCAAUUGAUGUUGAUGAAGCAGAUGAGCUUGACGAUGCACUCAGUGCGACAAAGUUGCUGGAUGGCCGGAUUAAAGUUUGGAUACAUGUUGCAGAUCCAACUAGUAUAGUUCAACCUGGGAGUAUAAUUGACAGAGAGGCAAGGAAAAGAGGAACUUCUGUGUUUUUACCUACUGCUACUUAUCCAAUGUUUCCUGAGAAACUUGCCAUGGAAGGCAUGAGCUUGAAGCAAGGGAAGCUUUGCAAAGCUGUAACAGUAUCCGUUGUGCUACGCUCUGAUGGAAGCAUUGCAGAAUAUACGGUGGAAAACUCGAUCAUCAGACCAACGUAUAUGCUGACAUAUGAGAGUGCAUCGGAGCUUCUUCAUUUGAGCCUGGAGGAGGAGGCUGAACUAAAAAUUCUGUCUGAGGCUGCAGCUCUUCGGUUACAAUGGCGUCGACAGCAGGGUGCAAUUGACACUGCCACAUUGGAAACGCGAAUCAAGGUGGCUAAUCCAGAUAAUCCAGAACCGUCUAUUAAACUAUACGUUGAAGAUCAGGCGGAUCCUGCAAUGCGACUUGUCACAGAGAUGAUGAUACUCUGCGGAGAAGCUAUAGCCACUUAUGGUUCUUGCAAUAACAUUCCCUUACCCUACAGAGGGCAGCCCCAGUCGAAUAUUGACGCAUCUGCUUUUGCCCAUCUUCCUGAAGGACCUGUAAGGAGCUCUGCUAUUGUUAGAAUAAUGCGCGCUGCUGAAAUGGAUUUUAGGAAGCCUAUACGACAUGGGGUGUUGGGACUUCCUGGUUAUGUGCAGUUUACAUCUCCCAUCCGUAGAUAUAUGGAUCUUCUCGCUCAUUAUCAGGUGAAAUCAUUUCUUAGAGGUGAUUCUCAUCCUUUCUCAGCUGGUCAGCUGGAAGGGAUGUCAUCAGUAAUUAACAUGAAUGCUCGAUUAGUUAAGAGGCUCUACAGCAGUAGUCUUCGGUAUUGGAUAAUAGAAUACUUGAGGAGGCAGCCAAAAGAAAAGAAGUUUCGCGCAUUGAUCCUCCGAUUUAUAAAAGAUAGGACUGCAGCUUUGCUGUUGUUGGAGGUAGGAGUUCAAGCUUCUGCUUGGGUAUCUGUUGGAAUACAGAUUGGUGACGAAGUGGAAGUUAGGGUGGAAGAAGCUCAUCCACGUGAUGAUGUUCUUUCUCUCAAGGAGAUUGGCCAAGUGAUGUAAACCGUAAGAGGAAUUCUUUCAACAGCAGUUUAUUGCAGGGAUACUCUGCCUCGAUGCUGCAAAGAACUAAAAACGACUGGGAAAAAGAAGUCCAAAAAUGGCCUACUUAUCCUUUUGUGUUGCUGCAUCAUAAAUUUUGGUAGACGGAAUCACUUUAGCACCAGCUCACACGCAUGGCCCUUGAAGGUCCGAGAAAGUCCAUGUUCUUUAUGGAUUCAGACAAAUAUUGAAGAUUUUUCUAACAUUGACUGGGUUAUAUUCCUAUUUUUUUUCGAAAAAUGAAUUGCUGAUGGGCUGUAAUAGGUUUUUUGGGUAAGUAGUCACUGAGUGCAGAUUUUGCUCAAAAUUCAUCUGGCAUGUUAAAAGUGGCCUGGGCAUUUCUUUUGAAGUAUCAGGAGAGACGACCCUUUUGAUGCCCAUGUAUAGUGUCCAAUGUAAAAGAAUGAUGUUUAUGUAAUAGAAUCGAU